CGGCUCCGUGCCGAUCUGUUGGAGCCCCUGCCCCCCUCCUCCUCCUCCGCACCAGCACCGCGCGUCAGCCAUGGAUGAGGCCCGAUCUUCGUCUGCCUUCAUGGUGCUGCAGGGCCGCCUGGUUGUCCACAAACUCGCCGUCACGCCGGGGAAGGGGUGGGCAAGCGUCACGCCGGGGAAAGAGUGGGCAAGCGUCAAGUGCGUUAGCAAGAAGGCCUAUGGAUGCGGGAAGCACGACCAGAAGGUUGUGGAAGGCCUCGCGAUGUACGUGCGGCGCCUCGUCGACUACCCGGAUCUCACCUCUUCCCUGUCCAUCGGCCUGAGCGACGAGGCGGUUCGAAGCAUCGAAGCGGAGCUCGGCGUCACCAGCGGCAAGCUGGAGGUCCAGGGUCCAUACAGAUCGCGAGCCGGCAACUCCUCGUCCUCCUCGUGAUCUUCCGCUGCCGACUGCAUAGCGAGCGCGCCUACUACCUCGUCUACGACUCCAUCGACGCGUCGCUCUACAUGAUCCCGUACAUACCGGAUGACCUCGAGGCCAUUUACACGCUGACGCCCGUCCCCGUGCACACCGACGACGGCGGGGAUCACAAGCUGACCCUCAUGGCGCGUAAGUUCUGGCCCGAACCCGUCGACCGGGAUCGUCUCUGCGUGUGCACUCCGGCGACGAGGGCAAAUCCUGCGUCUGACAGUACCGGCCCGUGGCAGAUAAAGGUGCUGCGGCGCUUCCCGGAGCUUUCUGAGGCCUUCUCGGCGGACGUGAUGUUCUCGUUGGAUGGCAAGGUCUUCUGGGCUGAUCUCUCGCAAGGCCUCGCGUUCAGCGACCUGCGCAACGGGGGCUCCGUCGUGGAUGUCGACUUCAUCAAAUUGCCCGAUAGGGUGUGUGGGCGGACGGAGCCGACCACGAUGAGUCGGACCAUGGGCUGCGUUGGGGGCUCCAUCAAGUUCGUCUGCAUCGACCGCCGCCGGGCCCGUCCUGGCAAUGAGAUGGUGAAGGUGUGGACUCUGGACCUGGGUCACCGGCUGUGGAAGGAAGAAAAGGGGUUGUCUUGCCCUUGGAAAGAGUUCUUGGAGCAGGUCGGCUUCAUGAAUGCUGAGUUGAGGAACGUGGAGCCCCAGUACGGCAGUACCCCAUCCUGA